AUGUCAACAGGAAACAGAACUUCUACCUCUGACUUUGUUCUCUUGGGGCUUCUGGUGAGCACGGAGGCCACGGGGAUUGUUUUCACGGUCAUUUUUGCCAUUUUCGUGGUGGCUGUCACUGCAAAUGUGGUCAUGAUAGUCUUGAUUCAAGUGGACUCCCGCCUCCACACCUCCAUGUACUUCCUGCUCAGCCAGCUGUCCAUCAUGGACACCCUUUUCAUCUGUACCACUGUCCCAAAGCUCCUGGUGGACAUGGUUUCUACAGAGAGGACCAUUUCCUUUGUGGCCUGUGGCAUCCAGAUCUUCCUGUACUCGACCACUGCUGGUUCAGAGUUCUUCCUGCUGGGCCUCAUGGCCUAUGACCGUUAUGUGGCUGUCUGCAACCCCCUUAGGUACCCAGUUCUCAUGAACCGCAAGAUAUGUCUUCUGCUGGCUGCUGGUGCCUGGUUUGGGGGCUCACUUGAUGGCUUUCUGCUCACGCCCGUCACCAUGAAUGUCCCUUACUGUGGCUCCCACCAGAUCAACCAUUUUUUCUGUGAGAUCCCUGCCGUUCUCAAACUGGCCUGUGCUGACACKUCCUUGUAUGAGACCCUGAUGUACCUCUGCUGUGUCCUCAUGCUACUAAUCCCCAUCUCUAUCAUCUCCACUUCCUAUGCGCUCAUCUUGCUCACCGUCCACCGCAUGCACUCUGCUGAGGGCCGCAAAAAGGCCUUCACCACGUGUUCAUCUCACCUGACUGUGGUCAGCAUUUUCUACGGGGCUGCCUUCUACACGUAUGUGCUGCCCCGGUCAUUCCACACACCUGAACAGGACAAGAUAGUGUCUGCCUUCUAUACCAUUGUCACACCCAUGCUUAACCCUCUCAUCUACAGUCUCAGAAACAAGGAUGUUAUGGGGGCAUUGGAGAGGGUGUUUUCCCACUGCUCCCCUGCUCAGAAAGUAGCCACAGGUGAGGCGUAG